AUGCAUUCAACUGAGAUGCAGUACGUUCGCCUGGGAAAUUCUGGCUUGAAGGUCUCCAAGAUCAUUUUAGGAUGUAUGUCCUACGGUAAUCCUGCCUGGCAAGGAUGGGUGCUUCCUGAGGAAGAAGGUAUCAAGCAUAUCAAGGCUGCCUAUGAUGCUGGAAUCAAUGCGUUCGACACUGCCAACGUCUAUUCCAACGGGCAGUCCGAAAUUAUGCUUGGGAAGGCGAUCAAGCAGCACAACUUGCCGCGCGAAAACAUCGUCGUAAUGACCAAAGUCUUCUUCACGGUCGCAAAAGAGCCUGCAGGGUUCUAUAUGAUCCCUUCCGAAAGCGAAAAGGAUGGAUAUGUGAAUCAGCACGGUCUUAGCCGGAAGCACAUCUUCGACAGCGUCAAGCACAGCUUAGAGCGUUUGCAACUUGACUACAUCGAUGUCCUGCAGUGUCAUCGAUUCGAUCCCGAGACACCAGUCGCUGAAACGAUGCAAGCUUUGCACGACGUUGUCCAAGCGGGAUAUGUCAGAUACAUUGGCAUGUCUUCUUGUUACGCAUGGCAGUUUCAUAUCAUGCAAAAUUAUGCCAUUCAACAUAAUUUAACUCCUUUCAUAUCGAUGCAGAAUCAUCACAGCCUACUCUAUCGGGAGGAGGAGCGUGAGAUGUUCCCCACUCUCAAGCAUUUCGGAGUCGGAUCCAUCCCAUGGUCUCCUCUUGCUCGAGGCAUGCUCACACGUCCCAUCCACCAACAGACCAAACGGACGGAGGCAGAUCCCUGGGCAACAAUCUACAAAGCCAGCGACGCCACCGAAACAAUAAUCAGCCGCGUCGAAGAGAUAGCGAAAAAACGCGGGAUUUCGAUGGCCCAAGUCGCCGUUGCCUAUUCCAUGGGUAAAGAAGGCAUCUCUGCCCCAAUUGUCGGGACGACGUCGGUGGCUAACCUUGAAGAUCUUAUUGGUGCCAUCGAGGUCACAUUGACUGACGAAGAAGUAAAGUAUCUGGAGGAGCCGUACAAGCCCCUCCCAAUCAUGCACUGA